ACGAAGGAUCCCAGAUCUCAAUCCGAUCUACACACAAAAACCCUCUUUCUUGUUUGUUAGUUCUUUUGAUCUCCAUUCUCUUAACCCUAAUCUCCAUUUCCAUUUCAACAAGAUGUUGACCAAGUUCGAGACCAAGAGUAACAGAGUGAAGGGCCUCAGUUUCCACACCAAGAGGCCAUGGAUCCUUGCCAGCCUCCACAGCGGCGUUAUCCAGCUAUGGGAUUACCGCAUGGGAACACUCAUCGACAAGUUCGACGAACACGAUGGCCCCGUCCGUGGCGUUCAUUUCCACAAUUCUCAGCCUCUCUUUGUCUCCGGAGGUGAUGAUUAUAAGAUUAAGGUUUGGAACUACAAGCUGCAUAGGUGUUUGUUUACUCUUCUAGGACACCUUGAUUACAUCCGCACCGUUCAAUUUCAUCAUGAGAACCCGUGGAUUGUGAGUGCAAGUGAUGAUCAAACCAUUCGCAUCUGGAACUGGCAAUCGCGUACUUGUAUAUCUGUUUUAACUGGCCACAAUCAUUAUGUUAUGUGUGCCUUGUUCCAUCCUAAAGAGGAUCUUGUUGUUUCGGCCUCUCUGGAUCAGACUGUUCGUGUUUGGGAUAUUAGUUCUCUCAAGAGGAAAACUGCUUCUCCUGCAGAUGACAUACUGCGACUCAGUCAGAUGAACACUGAUCUCUUUGGUGGUGUUGAUGCUGUUGUUAAGUAUGUGUUGGAAGGUCAUGACCGUGGUGUCAAUUGGGCUUCAUUUCAUCCCACACUGCCUCUCAUUGUGUCCGCGGCUGAUGACCGCCAAGUCAAACUUUGGAGGAUGAAUGACACAAAAGCAUGGGAAGUGGACACUUUGAGGGGGCACAUGAAUAAUGUUUCAUGUGUUAUGUUCCACGCCAAACAGGAUAUCAUUGUGUCAAAUUCUGAAGAUAAAAGUAUUCGCAUAUGGGAUGCAACGAAGCGAACAGGGAUUCAGACGUUCCGCCGGGAGCAUGAUAGGUUUUGGAUUCUUGCAGCGCAUCCUGAAAUGAAUCUGUUGGCAGCUGGUCAUGACAGUGGCAUGAUUGUUUUUAAGCUGGAGAGAGAAAGACCUGCUUUUGUGGUUAGUGGUGAUUCUUUGUUCUAUACAAAAGAUCGGUUCUUGUGUGUCUACGAAUUCUCAACACAAAGAGAUACACAAGUACUUCCAUUUCGGCGACCAGGCUCUUUAAGCUUGAAUCAAAGUCCGAAGACUCUUUCCUAUAGCCCAACUGAAAAUGCAUUUCUUCUGUGCUCAGAUGUAGAUGGUGGAUCUUAUGAGUUGUAUUGCAUAUCAAAGGACAGUUACGGUAGGGGUGAUGUGCAAGAUGCAAAAAGAGGACAUGGAGGAUCAGCAAUCUUUGUUGCUCGUAAUCGGUUUGCUGUGCUUGAGAAGAGCAACAAUCAAGUCCUUAUAAAAAAUUUGAAGAAUGAGAUUGUUAAAAAGAGUGUCCUUCCAAUUGCUGCUGAUGCUAUAUUCUAUGCAGGAACAGGAAACCUGCUGUGUAGGUCAGAGGAUAGGGUUGUUAUAUUUGAUCUUCAGCAGAGGAUUGUUCUUGGUGAUCUUCAGACCCCUUUUAUCAAAUAUGUUGUAUGGUCUGAUGACAUGGAACAUGUUGCUUUGCUCAGCAAACAUGCCAUUAUAAUUGCUAGCAAGAAACUCGUGCACCAAUGCACCCUCCAUGAGACAAUCCGUGUAAAAAGUGGAGCCUGGGAUGACAAUGGUGUGUUUAUUUAUACAACACUAAAUCACAUCAAAUACUGUCUUCCAAAUGGAGAUAAUGGGAUCAUAAAAACACUGGACAUUCCAAUUUAUAUCACACGGGUUUCUGGAAACACAAUCUUCUGCCUGGAUCGGAAUGGAAAGAGCAGAGCUAUAAUUAUUGAUGCAACUGAAUAUAUUUUUAAGCUUUCCCUCUUGAAGAAAAGAUACGACCAUGUUAUGAACAUGAUAAGGAACUCACAGCUUUGUGGGCAGGCUGUGAUUGCUUAUCUUCAACAGAAGGGCUUUCCUGAGGUUGCCCUGCAUUUUGUGAAAGAUGAGAGAAUUCGGUUCAAUUUGGCUUUAGAGAGUGGGAACAUUCAAAUUGCAGUUGCAUCAGCUACAGCAAUUGAUGAGAAAGAUCACUGGUAUCGUUUAGGGGUUGAGGCUCUUCGCCAAGGCAAUGCUGGUAUAGUAGAGUUUGCAUACCAGAGGACCAAAAAUUUUGAGAGAUUGUCUUUCCUUUACCUUAUCACUGGUAACGUGGAGAAACUAUCAAAGAUGCUGAAAAUUGCCGAAGUCAAGAAUGAUGUGAUGGGGCAGUUUCACAAUGCCUUGUAUAUGGGCGAUGUUCGCGAACGGGUAAAGAUCUUGGAAAAUGUGGGCCAUUUGCAUCUUGCCUACAUCACUGCUUCCAUCCAUGGGCUAAACGAUGUUGCAGAACGGCUUGCAGCUGAACUGGGAGAUAAUGUUCCAUCUUUGCCCGAGGGAAAAAUACCGUCUCUCUUGAUGCCGCCAUCACCUGUCAUGUGCGAAAGUGAUUGGCCCCUUCUCAGGGUCAUGCGGGGCAUGUUUGAUGGGGCGUUUGACAAUACAGGCAGGGGAGUUACUGAUGAAGAAGAGUAUGAGGCUGCUGAUGGUGAUUGGGGUGAGGAGCUUGGCAUAGUUGAUGCAGAUGGCCUACAAAAUGGAGAUGUUGCUGCGAUUUUGGAGGAUGGAGAAGUUGCUGAAGAAAAUGAUGAAGAGGUUGGAUGGGAGAUGGAGGAUUUAGAGCUGGGUCCUGAAGCUGACACCCCAAAAGCUUCUAUCAGUACUCAAUCUUCAGUUUUUGUGGCCCCAACUCCUGGCGUGCCGGUAAGCCAUAUAUGGACUCAGAAAUCAUCUCUUGCGGCUGAUCAUGCUGCUGCUGGAAAUUUUGACACCGCAAUGAGGUUACUGAACCGACAACUUGGGAUAACAAAUUUUAUACCCUUGAGAUCCAUGUUUUUUGAUCUUCAUACUGGCAGUCAUUCCUAUCUGCGUGCAUUUUCUUCUGCUCCAGUCAUAUCACUUGCAGUUGAAAGAGGUUGGACCGAGUCAUCUAGUGCAAAUGUAAGAGGACCACCAGCACUUCCUUUCAAAUUGUCUCAAUUGGAUGAAAAGCUUAGAGCUGGUUAUAGGUUAUUUACUUCUGGGAAAAUCAAUGAGGCUCUUCGGACAUUUGUUAAUAUUCUUCAUACAAUUCCUUUGAUUGUCGUUGAGUCAAGGAGGGAAGUGGAUGAUGUGAAGGAACUGAUUAUCAUAGUCAAAGAGUAUGUUUUGGGUUUGCAGAUGGAACUGAAGAGGAGGGAAAUUAAGGACAAUCCAGCUCGACAGCAGGAGCUUGCAGCUUAUUUCACUCACUGCAACCUUCAAGCACCUCACUUGAGGAUAGCUUUGCAGAAUGCAAUGACUGUCUGCUUCAAGGCAAAGAACCUUGCCACGGCUGGUAACUUUGCCAGGAGGCUACUUGAGACAAAUCCUACCAUUGAAAGCCAAGUUAAGAUAGCACGGCAAGUGCUGGCAGCUGCAGAAAAAAAUAUGACUGAUGCUGCACAGUUGAACUAUGAUUUCCGGAACCCAUUUGUAAUUUGUGGUGCAACCUAUGUGCCAAUCUAUCGUGGACAGAAGGAUGUCUCUUGCCCAUAUUGCACUUCUCGUUUUGUGCCAAGUCAGGAGGGGCAGCUAUGUACUGUUUGUGAUCUUGCAGUUACUGGGGCAGAUGCUUCUGGACUGCUCUGUUCACCUUCCCAGAUACGCUGAUGAGCUACUGGACCAGGAGCUUUUUUCUCAAAUUUUAUUUCUGGUCAAUUUUCACCACUAGAUAGAUCCCUUCUGAUUAGUUAAUAUUUCAAUGGUACUGUGGUAGAUGCAAGAAAUAGUCGAGAGAAAUUAUUUUUUGCCCCUUUGCUUUCUCUUUUGUUUAGUUGAAAAUGAUUUUCAAUGUAAUAAAUCCAUUUCUUAUCCUGAGUGUUAGUUUUUCAUACACAAGAAAGUGAAAGAUUGUACUUAGAUAUUAUGGGCUGUGGAAGACAUACAAACGCGCAGUUUUAUUUGACAAAGUACAUAUUAUGUCUCUGUUUAGUUGCGGUUCAGUCCUUUGGUUGUCAGAAAUAUGUUAUUUGUCAUUAG